CACUCUUCCCCGUACGUACUUAUCACGAGCGCUCCAGUCAAGAAAAUUUAGGAGCCACCAAGUAGUCAGUUACUGACAGGCUACCGUUCAGUCAGGUCUGAUUCAAACAAACGAAUAUUUCCGGGAUCACAGCAAAAAAGUGUUGAAUGUGCGAAGCCGACUUCGAUUAAAAUAAAGUGAAACAAGUGACCUGAUGGUAAAUUUCGGAUUCGAUAUGUCGGUCCUGCUCCUGUCCAUCCUCGGCGUUUCUUCCGGAUUGCAGCACUGUCCGAUGUGGAAGGAAAUCUCGCCGUGUUCUUGCAGGUUGGACACCUUCAAAAUCACUACGAUUAGUUGCGAGAGGAUGUCUUCGUUCCAACAGGUGAUAAGCACUCUAGGGGGGCACUUUCAACCGGGUGACAAAGUGACUCUAAGACUGGCCUCUUCGACAUUAGAAGAUCUCAAUUAUCGGUCGUUCAGCGAGCUUAAUAUGACAAUUGAGAACCUGAAGUUGAAUCACAAUGUUAUUGGACCUUUGAAUCCUGAAUCCUUCAAAGGGCUCACAAGAGUGAAUUACCUCAGUUUAGCAUACAACACGUUAGAUGAAGUUCCAGAGCUGUUGUGGAAAGAAAUGCCUAUUAUAAACACCCUCGAUCUGGGAAGAACCAAUAUCAAGUCUCUUCGAAAAUCUAGUUUUGCAGAUUUGCCUCAACUCGAAUGCCUGAUGCUUGCCGGAAACCAGAUAUCACAACUUGAGAGUCAUUCAAUUCCGCCUCAAAUUCAGCGACUACAUUUGGGACGCAACUCUAUUUCAGAUUUAAACGGUACUUUGAGGAACCUUUCCGAGUUGUUUUGGCUUUUUGUCAACAGUAAUAAUUUGACAAAUUUGGAUGGUCAGUUACCACGUACCGCUCCCAACCUCAACUACAUACAUGCUUCCCACAACAGACUUGAAAAGGUGCCAAAUCAACUGAAGAACUACCCGGCGUUGGAAUCAAUAUUCCUAUUCAAUAACAGAUUGAAGUCACUUGAUGGAGCUUUUUCCAAAAAUGAUAAAUUAUUGAGGAUAGUAUUGGAGAAUAAUCAACUCAAUACGCUAACACAAGCCGACUUUCCAGCGAGCAUGAACUUGGAGUCCCUUCUACUUGGCAAUAACGAAAUCUAUACUCUGAAUAAUUCGCUAGUAAACCUGAGAAGGCUUCAUUUCCUUAGCUUAACAAAGAACCAAAUCGUUGAAUUUUCUUUUCAAGAAGUUGCCAACUUGAAGCUGCUCAGAAGCAUAGAUCUGUCGUACAACAAAAUCACUACCCUCGUAGGUCCAACUCCUAAUUUGGUGGAAUGGAAUAUUAAACUGAAUGAAAUUAAAUUGGAUCACAACCAAAUUGAAACUUUGAACGGUGCUUUGUCAGGACUAUCCGAGCUCUUGAGACUUGAUUUGAGCUACAACAGAUUAAAAAGGAUAUCCCCCGAGGAUCUUAUCGGAUUGGAACAGUUGCGGCUUCUAGAUAUUUCGCAUAAUCAAUUAACAACAUUGGAAGAAACUAGUAAGACUUAUCUUCCUCGUCUAUCUGAAUUGAGAGCAAGCCAUAAUUACUUGACCAUACUAGAGAAAGAUUUCCAUGGAUUGCCUGUUCUUUGCCAUGCCGAUUUGUCCAGCAAUCAAAUUGUUGCCAUCGGAAAAGAUUUGACGGCAAAAACUCGUUGUACCAUUGAACAUGGAGUACACGAAGGAACAUGGGACACUUUGAAAAUCUACCUUCAAGAUAACCCCAUACUUUGUGAUGCUGCGUUGCCAGACAUAAUGUCGAUAAUGGAAAUCAACCACACUAGAAUAUAUGGAGUGUCUCACUGUCCUCCUCUGAGUGAACAACCAACCACUUCAAAGCCUACCGCAUUCUUUGGAUACGUUCCAGAAACAACUCCUUUGUUGCCUGCAGCUAUAUCGGCUAAUUCUGGAAAUGCUUUGCAAAAUGAGCAAACCGAUGAUCAACAAAACCAGUUGGAUAUUCCAAAAAACAGUCAGUCUGAUACAAAUACAGAAAUUACAGUGGAGAGUAACUCAUUUUCCAUUGUGAAAAAUGAAAGUAUUGCAAUGAAACCGCAAGAAAAUACUAAUACAGACCAAAACAGUAACGAAACCUUGCAACGAGAUAUUGGUACAGGAGCGUCCAAUGAUGAAAUUAUUCGACCAACAGGAACAAAUCAUACGGCACAAAUUUUUGACCCCAUUAAACAGGGUCAACAAAUAAAUAAACUCGCUAAUGAAAUAGAAGAACUAAGGUCUAGAAUUGAUGUAUUGUCAUCACAAAAUCAACUGUUACUGAAUCAGCAGUACAAUAACAGCAAUAACAAAAAUUCUCGUGAUGAUCUAUCUGAACUCAGAAAACCUUGAAUAGAGAAACCCUCUGAUUUGAAAGAAUCAUGACAUUAGUUUUUGAAAAUAACUUAUUACUAGUCAUUUAGUACUACUUCUACUUAGAUUCGAUCUGAUCACUGUCACCUCUAGCAGAUGGAAAUCAUUUGAAGUACAGGUAUAAUGGUAAAGGAAUUUUCUUGUUAUGUUAUGUUCGGACCAGAAAAAUGUUGACAAUUGAAAUGUGAUAAUAAUUUACAGAAUAAAACUUCGACUAAAAUGUGCCAUACAUUUUUAUGAUAACACAUCUGACAUAAUAUUCGAAUUAUUAGUUUUUUAGGUUACAAUGUAGUUACUGCUGUAAAUAAUUUUAGCCUGCUUUACGAAAUUUUAUUAUUCGAAUUAGGAAGUAUUAGUAUUUGUGUUGUUCACUAUGUAUUAGGGAAUAGAUUGUACAAAUAAAAUAUAAACACAG